GUUGGGGGCCACCGAGGGCUGUCCAGCUUUUAUGUUUGCUAAUGAACGCUGUGUUGAAGGGCCCCAACAGACACUACAAUAGCCUUUUAGUGAGAGGUGGUGAGAUGAUGCUUCAUCUGAAACUUUAUUAGGACCUGUGCUGCUGUUUGACAGACGUAAAGGGACAGCCCAAGAGGGCGGGAGUUAACCGAAAACUAGUUAUUUCCUGGUCAGCAUCGACAACACGCGAAGAUGAAUGUGGGCGUGGCUCACAGCGAGGUCAACCCCAACACACAGGUGAUGAACAGUCGAGGUAUCUGGCUGGCUUACCUUCUGCUGACCGUGGUGCUGCACAUCAUCCUGCUAAGCAUUCCCUUUUUCACCGUGCCGCUUGUGUGGACGUUGACCAAUGUCAUCCACAACCUGGUGAUGUACCUGUUCCUGCACACGGUAAAGGGCACACCCUUCGAGACACCUGAUCAAGGCAAAGCUCGUCUGCUCACACACUGGGAACAGAUGGAUUACGGCGUCCAGUUCACAGCUUCCCGCAAAUUCCUCACCAUCUCACCAAUUGUUCUGUAUAUUCUUGCCAGUUUCUACACAAAGUACGACCGUACUCAUUUCUUAGUUAACACCUGCUCCCUCCUCAGUGUUCUCCUGCCAAAGUUGCCUCUGUUCCAUGGAGUGCGGAUAUUUGGAAUCAACAAAUACUGACAACACUGGAAGUUAAACACUGCAAACACUGGACUUUUUUUUUUGUUGUCCGUCUUCGCUUUACUCUUUUACGUCUGUCCGAUUCUUCUGUGCUGUGUCUGGGAAGCAAUGUAUGGAAUUGUUGUUUCUGUUGUCUGUGAAAUGAGCACAGGUCAGCUGGUGUUUAGUAAAAAUAUGUAUAUUUUCAUUUUCUAAUUGCUGUGGAAGGAGAAACAUGUUUAACUUCCACUGCUUUGGAAUAGAAGUCUAGCCAUUAAACAUGUACUCCAAAAAUAUCACACACUGCCUUAGUUUCUUUACAAAAUGCACUCUGUUGUAAGCAUCUUUAUUAUAUUAAAAUGAUCUAUUCCGCAUUU